CCGAUCGCGACCCCCGCCGGGUGGCGGCCCUGCCGCCGCCGCCAUGCCCACCUCGGUGCUGUGGGCAGUGGACCUGUUUGGGAGGGUGUACACGCUGUCCACGGCCGGGCAGUACUGGGAGCUCUGUAAGGACGUCCAGCUGGAGUUCAAGCGGGUCAGCGCCACCACUCAGUGCUGCUGGGGCAUCGCCUGCGACAACCAGGUCUACGUGUAUGUGUGCGCCAGCGACGUCCCCAUCCGCCACCGCGAGGAGGCCUAUGAGAACCAGCGCUGGAACCCCGUGGGUGGCUUCUGUGAGAAGCUCCUGCCCAGUGACCGCUGGUCGUGGAGUGACGUGAGUGGGCUCCAGCACCGGCCGCUGGAUGGGGUGGCACUGCCCUCACCGCACUGGGAGUGGGAGUCAGACUGGUACGUGGAUGAGAAUUUUGGAGGGGAACCCACCGAGAAAGGGGGGUGGACAUAUGCCAUCGACUUUCCUGCUACCUACACGAGAGACCAGAAGUGGAAUUCUUGUGUGCGCCGGCGGCGGUGGAUCCGGUACAGGAGAUACAAGUCCCGAGACACCUGGGCCAAGAUCCCUUCAAAAGAUGACCCCAAGCAUCUGCCGGAUCCCUUCAAUGACCUCUCUGUGGGAGGGUGGGAGGUCACAGACGAGCCUGUGGGCCGCCUGUCCGUGUGGGCCGUGUCUCUGCAGGGAAAGGUGUGGUACAGAGAGGAUGUCAGCCACCCCAACCCUGAAGGCUCAUCGUGGUCCCUCGUGGACACCCCAGGGGAGGUGGUCCAGAUCAGCUGCGGGCCCCAUGACCUCCUGUGGGCCACACUCUGGGAGGGGCAGGCCUUGGUCCGUGAAGGAGUCAGCAGGAACAAUCCCAAAGGAAGUUCCUGGUCCACAGUGGAGCCCCCCACAUCUGAGAAUGGAAUCAUGCAUGUGUCUGCGGGAGUCGGCGUGGUCUGGGCUGUCACCAAGGACCGGAAAGUAUGGUUCCGAAGAGGUGUCAACUCGCACAAUCCCUGUGGCACCAGCUGGAUCGAGAUGGUCGGGGAAAUGAUGAUGGUGAACGUAGGGCUGAACGACCAGGUCUGGGGCAUCGGCUGCGAGGACCGGGCAGUGUACUUUCGUCAGGGCGUCACCCAGAGUGAGCUCAGUGGGAAGACCUGGAAAGCCAUCGUGGCCAGCAGAGAGUCUGACCGCUCGCACUCUGGCAGCUCCUGCAGUCUCCUCAGUGCCGGCUGCUUCUUUGGUGAUGAGGUGAGGGGCAGUGGCGAGUCCUGUGCACCAAGCGACACGGAUGCCUCCUCAGACGCCGAGAGACCCGGGCCUGACCCGAUUGUCCCCGCAGAGUCUUUGGACAGUGCCAGGCACCCCAGGGGCAGCACGGCCUCCUGCCCAGGCGGGACCACAGAGCAUGCUGCAGAGGUCACCACAGGGCCAGAGUCACACCCUGGCCCACCCUCCACGCCGGCCGAGCUGCCCUGGACCAAUAUCGAUCUGAAGGAGCCCAAGAAGGUGCCCAACCACUCGGCUGUCAGCUUCCCUGAGACCAGCAGCCUCUCCUCGGCAGGACUCCUCCCUCUGGGCUUGGAGGAGCCCUAUGGCGCCGACGACCACCCACUGUGGGCCUGGGUGUCAGGAGGGGGCUGUACUGUGGAGGCCCAUGCCGUGCUCAAGUGGUUCACCCUCCAGUCAGGCCUGUCCCCCUCGGUGCAGACACUGUCCCUGUCCAUCACGCCGGCCCAGACUGCUGCCUGGCGGAAGCAGAUCUUCCAGCAGCUCACGGAGAGGACCAAGCGGGAGCUGGAGAACUUCCGGCACUACGAGCAGGCCGUGGAGCAGUCGGUGUGGGUGAAGACAGGGACCCUGCAGUGGUGGUGCGACUGGAAGCCCCACAAGUGGGUGGACGUCCGUGUGGCCCUGGAGCAGUACACGGGGCAGGACGGGGCUCGGGACAGCAUCCUCUUCAUCUACUACAUGGUGCACGAGGAGAAGAAGUACAUUCACGUGUUCCUCAAUGAGGUGACUGUGCUGGUCCCCGUGCUCAACGAGUCCAAGCACUCCUUUGCUCUGUACACCCCCGAGAGGACUCGGCAGAGGUGGCCCGUGCGCCUGGCCGCCCACACUGAGCAGGACAUGAACGACUGGCUGGCCCUGCUCAACCUGGCCUGCUGUGAGAGCCGUAGGGUCCACGGCCGCCCCUCCCCACAGGCCAUCUGGUCCAUCACCUGCAAGGGGGACAUCUUCGUGAGCGAGCCCAGCCCGGACCUGGAGCUCCCCGAGCACCCGCUGCCCUGUGACCAGAUGUUCUGGCGGCAGAUGGGAGGCCACCUGAGGGUGGUAGAGGCCAAUGGCCGGGGCGUGGUGUGGGGCAUCGGCUAUGACCGCACAGCCUGGGUGUACACAGGUGGCUACGGAGGAGGCUGCUUCCAAGGCCUGGCCAGCAGCACCAGCAACAUCUACACACAGUCGGACGUGAAGAGCGUCUACAUCUAUGAGAACCAGCGCUGGAAUCCGGUCACAGGCUACACCAGCAGGGGUCUGCCCACCGACCGCUACAUGUGGAGCGAUGCCUCAGGGCUGCAGGAGUGCACCAAAGCCAGCACAAAGCCUCCAUCCCUGCAGUGGGCCUGGAUUUCUGACUGGUCCGUAGACUUCAGCGUUCCUGGGGGCACUGACCAGGAGGGGUGGCAGUACGCCAGCGACUUCCCCGCCUCAUACCACGGGUACAAAACCAUGAAGGAUUUUGUCAGGAGAAGAUGCUGGGCCAGAAAAUGCAAGCUGGUGACCAGCGGACCCUGGCUGGAGGUUGCCCCUGUUGCCCUCGGGGAUGUGUCCAUCAUCCCAGAGAGCCUAGGCGCCCACAGGAAUGGGCAUAGCAUUGCCCUCUGGGCCAUCAGUGACAAGGGAGAUGUGCUGUGCCGUCUGGGGGUGUCCCAGCUGAACCCUGCAGGCUCCUCCUGGCUGCACGUGGGCACUGACCAGCCCUUCACCUCCAUCUGCAUUGGGGCUUGCUACCAGGUGUGGGCCAUAGCGAGAGAUGGCUCCGCUUUCUACCGGGGCUCCGUGUCCCCCUCCCAGCCCGCCGGCGACUGCUGGUACCACAUCCCAUCUCCCCCAAAACAGAAGCUAAAGCAGGUGUCUGUGGGGCAGACGUCCGUGUACGCCUUGGAUGAAAAUGGGAACCUGUGGUACCGCCAGGGGGUCACGCCCAGCUACCCGCAGGGCUCCAGCUGGGAGCACGUGUCCAACAACGUGCGCCACGUAUCCGUGGGGCCCCUGGACCAGGUCUGGGUCAUCGCUAACAAAGUCCAGGGCAGCCACAGCCUGAGCCGGGGAACCGUGUGCCAUCGCACAGGCGUGCAGCCCCACGAGCCCAAGGGGCAGGCCUGGGACUACGGCAUUGGGGGAGGCUGGGAUCACAUCUCCGUCAGGGCCAAUGCCACCAGAGCCCCCAGGGGUGCAUUCCAGGAGACAGCCGGAGAGCAGAGUGGGGAGCAGAACCUCCCCAGUGGACCAGCAAAGGUGGCCGGUGCCCCGCAGGAGACCCUAGAUCCCGUCCGCUGCUGAGGCCACCUCCUGUCACCUGGAAGCAGGUGUGGCCGGAGUGAAGGACCAAGUGUGAAGGGUCACGUAGCGAGCCCCCCUCCGCAGAUACGCGCCUCCUGGGAGAGGCGGCUGGACCGAGACUCAGGCAGGAACCUGGCCAGAGGCCGCGCACCUCAGGGGCACUGGUUGGAACAGCCCAGAAAUGUGAAGCUCUGUGGACUUCGAGGAGGUCCGCGACGGCGUGGGGGGGGCCCCUUCACCCCAGCCUUGCCCUUCCCUCUCUGCCUCCCGCCUUUCCAGGACGGGGACCCGGGUACUGGAACCUCCCAGGAAUGGCGCCCCCAGGGGAACAGCACCCAAGAGGCAGCUCCCCGAUCCCCGGGUGUCUCCAGACAGCUCCCCAGGAGGAAGGAGCCGCAGGGCCCGGGUCCACUCUGACCUUGGAUGGUUUCUCAGAGGACUUGCCGCCGGGGCUUAUUUUCAGCCGUGCAGGAAGGAGCUGGCAGCUUAGAAAUAGGUACCGCGGGGGGCGGGCAGUUUCUUCCCGCAGCGGCCGAGCCCCCGGGGGUCAGCAGAGGGCCCAGGCGGGCAGUGCCGCCCAAGCGCCGUCGCUGCCCUCUCGUCGGCCCUCGCCCGGUGCGUUCCUCGUGGUCUUCGUGCAGGAGGCGCGGCGGGGUGGGGGCCCGCGGAGCCCUGUCGGGUCAGACCCUGGGGUGAAACCCCUGCCCGGCACAGCGCGUCCCGCACCGCCAACUCCCUCCUGCGGCCUCUCUGGCGGGUGGCCCUCCUGGCCGAAGUCCGCGGUUUGCUUGCUGCAGCCAGCCGCUCUGCCCGGCGGCCCCGCGCCCGGGCCUCGCUGGCUCUCUGAGACUCGGCCAGCUUUCCUGCCCCCCAUCCGGGUGCGGGUAGGGCGUCUGCAGCUCCACUCUGGGCGUUUGUCGCCCCGAAGCUGACCCUACGGUGGGCUCCUUGGGGGGUCCCCUCCCAAAGGGCAUGGAGGGAGCGUUUUCCGGAGCGGGAACCAGGAGGCAUGUGGUCUGCAGAGCCCAGACGAGCCCCGGGGAGGCCGUGAGCUGGCACUCCGUGUUCACAUCUCAGCAGGUCCCCGAACGGGCCUGGGGUGUCCCAGGGCGGGGUGGGGGGUGCCUUGUGGCUCCACUGACUUGCCGUCUGUGGCUGGCUCACCCCGCCUUUCUCAGGGCCACCCUGCCCUCUCGCCGCUGAGCACCCACUGUUUAUUUGCUCAGCAUCACCCGACCGUCUCAAUCUGUCAGAUGCUUUACUCAAUAAACGUUGACGCGGGAGUGUGGCGGCGGGACACCUGUUAUUGCUACAUGGCGAUUAGAUGCGCACUUCCCCGGGCGCUCGGGCAUGGGGCAAAAGUAGCAAUUCCAGUGGAAUCUUUUAUUUUUAUUUUAUGACAGCAUCAGUUUCAUUAGUACUUUGAAGGGGCCAUUAGGAGACAUACAAGCCAAUUUGGGCCACUUAAGGAACAUUUUCACCGCAAUUACGGCUGGAGCACUGGCCGUGCAGUUCCAGGGC